AUGUCGAAAGACCCGGAAUCGAACACCCCACCGGACCAGGCCGAAACCUCAGAACAGGCCGCCCAAGAUGCGCGCGAGCUCACCUACCUCGGCCACGAGCAGGCCCUCACGCGCAAGUUCAGCACGACAAGCAUGCUCUUCCUCGCCCUGUCGGUCCUGGGCACAUGGUCGACGUUCGCGCAGGGCCUCUCGAGCGGCCUCACGAGCGGCGGGCCGGUGUCGAUCCUCUGGGGCCUCGUGCUCGUCAUGCUGUGCAACGUCUGCGUGGCCGUGUCGCUCGGCGAGCUCUGCAGCAGCAUGCCCACCGCCCUGGGGCAGGCGUACUGGGUGUACCGGCUCUGCCCGGGGCCGGCGGGCCGCUUCGCCUCUUACCUCUGCGCGUGGAUCAACACCUUUGGCUGGUGGACGCUGUCGGCGUCGCAGCUUGCGUUUAUGACCAAUUUCAUGCUCAGCAUGAAGGUUCUCUUUGUGCAGGACUGGGCCCCGGCCGGUGUGGGCUGGAUCAACUUCCUGCUCUAUAUUGGCGUUACGCUCGUGGUUACAGUCGUCAAUCUCGUCGCUUGCCGUCGAGACGCCAUCCUCCCGGCCUUCAACAACUUCGUCGGCGUCUGCUUCAUCGGGCUUUUCUUCGUAUUCUGCCUGGCGCUGCUCAUAUCCGUCGGCGUGCGAGAGGACCUGGAGUUCCAGCCCGCGUCGUUUGUUUUUGGGCGGUGGAUUAACCAGACCGGCUGGGGGGACGGCGUGGCCUGGUUUACCGGCCUCGUGCAGGCCGCAUAUGGCCUCACUGCCUUCGACUCGGCUGUACACCUCGCAGAGGAGAUCCCGGCUCCCCGCAAGAACAUCCCGCGCGUCAUCUGGCUCUCGGUCGUCCUGGGGGCCGUCACCGGCUUUAUCUUCAUGGUGGCCUGUCUCUUCAGUAUCCAGGACCUCGACACCGUCCUCGACCCUCCGACCGGUCUUCCCUUUGUGGAUCUCGUCCACGGGGCCGUUGGGCUGCAGGGCGCCGCAGUGCUUCUAUCCUUGUUCAUCUUCAACGGGAUGGGCCAGGCCGUGAGCAUCGUCACGACGUCGUCCCGCCUCACGUGGGGCUUCGCGCGAGACGGCGGUAUCCCAUGGAGCACCUACUUUUCCAAGGUAAACGAAACCUGGAAGGUGCCGGCGCGCGCCCUGUGGCUGCAGGGCGGCCUUAUCGGCCUCGUGAGCGUUCUAUACAUCUUCGCCAACACGGUGCUGGAGGCGAUUCUGAGCGUCAGCACCGUCGCCCUCACCAUUUCCUACGCGAUGCCCAUCGUGACGAUCCUUAUUGUCGGACGCGAGAAGCUCCCGCCGGGGGGGUUCACGCUGGGCCGGUUUGGCCCUUUUGCCAACGUGGUCUCCGUCAUCUACUGCACUAUUACUAGUAUCUUCUUUUUCUUUCCAACCGAGCCUAACCCGGCGCCUGCCGAUAUGAAUUAUGCCGUCGCUGUCCUUGGAGUCAUGUUGGUUGUCACCUUGGGAUUCUGGGUGUUCAAGGGGCGCCACACGUAUCUGGCUACACACGAUGCAGCGGAGCGCAUUAUUGAGGCGCAGAACGCGGAGCUUGUUCUUUCGCCUGUGUUACCUCAGAAAAGCUGA